CCGGCGGCCGGCAGGGGGCGCGGCGGCGCGGGAAGAUGGCGGUGCGGAAGAAGGACGGCGGCCCCAACGUCAAGUACUACGAGGCCGCGGACACCGUCAGCCAGUUCGACAGCGCGCGGCUCGGGCUGGGCACGCACGACAAGAAGUACAUCCAGGCAGAGCCUCCCACCAACAAGUCCCUCUCCAGCCUGGUGGUGCAGCUGCUGCAGUUCCAGGAAGAGGUUUUCGGCAAACAUGUCAGCAACGCCCCGCUCACCAAGCUGCCGAUAAAAUGCUUCUUGGAUUUCAAAGCGGGAGGAUCCCUGUGCCACAUCCUUGCUGCAGCCUAUAAAUUCAAGAGCGACCAAGGAUGGCGGCGUUUCGAUUUCCAGAACCCUUCGCGGAUGGAUCGCAACGUGGAAAUGUUCAUGACCAUCGAGAAAUCCUUGGUGCAGAACAACUGCCUGGCCCGGCCUAACAUCUUCCUGCACCAGGAGAUCGAACCCAAGCUGCUCGGCAAGCUGAAGGACAUUAUCAAGCGGCACCAGGGGACGGUCACCGAGGAUCGGAACAACGCCUCCCAUGUCGUCUGCCCGGUCCCCAGCAACCUAGAGGAGGAAGAAUGGGUUCGACCUGUCAUGAAGAGAGACAAGCAGGUCCUUCUGCACUGGGGCUACUUCCCGGACAGCUACGACACCUGGAUCCCUGCGAGUGAAAUCGAAGCUUCUGUCGAGGACGCACCCACCCCGGAGAAGCCCCGGAAGGUCCAUGCCAAGUGGAUCCUCGACACGGACACCUUCAACGAGUGGAUGAACGAGGAGGACUACGAGGUGACCGACGAGAAGAGCCUCGUCUCCCGCAGGAAGAAAAUCUCAGCCAAAACGCUCACUGACGAAGUGAACAGCCCCGACUCGGACCGGCGCGACAAGAAGGGUGGGAACUACAAAAAGAGAAAGCGCUCACCCUCGCCGUCCCCGACCCCAGAGGCCAAGAAGAAGAACGCCAAGAAAGGCCCGUCGACCCCGUACACCAAGUCCAAGCGGGGGCACCGCGAGGAGGAGCAGGAGGACCUGACGAAGGACAUGGACGAGCCCUCCCCCGUCCCCAACGUGGAGGAGGUCACGCUGCCCAAAACAGUGAACACCAAGAAGGACUCGGAGUCUGCACCCGUGAAGGGGGGCACCAUGACCGACCUGGACGAGCAGGAGGAUGAGAGCAUGGAGACCGCCGGCAAGGAUGAGGAGGAAAACAGUGCGGGGAACAAAGGGGAGCAGGCCAAGAACCCGGACCUGCACGAGGACAAUGUGACGGAGCAGACUCACCAUAUUAUCAUCCCCAGCUACGCCGCUUGGUUCGACUACAACAGCGUCCACGCCAUUGAGCGCAGAGCCCUGCCCGAGUUCUUCAACGGCAAGAACAAAUCCAAGACCCCCGAAAUAUACCUGGCUUAUCGCAACUUCAUGAUUGACACCUACCGGCUGAACCCCCAGGAGUACCUGACCUCCACCGCCUGCCGCCGGAACCUGGCCGGGGACGUCUGCGCCAUCAUGCGGGUCCACGCCUUCCUGGAGCAGUGGGGGCUGAUCAACUACCAGGUGGAUGCGGAGAGCCGGCCAACCCCUAUGGGACCUCCCCCUACGUCGCAUUUCCAUGUCCUGGCCGACACCCCCUCGGGGCUGGUGCCGCUGCAGCCCAAGACGCCCCAGGGUCGCCAGAGCGACAGCGACACAAAGGCCGGCCGCAAGAGCAAAGAAAUUGAGGACCUGGUCCCGGAGGCGGCGAAGGCGAAGCCCGAGCUGCAGACCUCGGCCUCCCAGCAGAUGCUCAGCUUCCCCGACAAGGGCAAGGAGAAGCCGACGGACCUGCAGAACUUCGGCCUGCGCACGGACAUGUACACCAAAAAGAACGUCCCUUCUAAGAGCAAAGCCGCCGCCAGCGCCACUCGGGAGUGGACGGAGCAGGAGACGCUGCUGCUGCUGGAGGCCCUGGAGAUGUACAAGGACGACUGGAACAAGGUGUCGGAGCACGUGGGCAGCCGCACCCAGGACGAGUGUAUCCUCCACUUCCUGCGCCUGCCCAUCGAGGACCCCUACCUGGAGGACUCGGAGGCGUCGCUCGGGCCCCUGGCCUACCAGCCCAUCCCCUUCAGCCAGUCGGGCAACCCCGUCAUGAGCACCGUGGCCUUCCUGGCAUCCGUCGUGGACCCCCGCGUGGCCUCCGCGGCGGCCAAGUCCGCUCUCGAGGAGUUCUCCAAGAUGAAGGAGGAGGUGCCCACGGCGCUGGUGGAAGCUCACGUCCGCAAGGUGGAGGAGGCGGCCAAGGUUACGGGCAAGGCCGACCCGGCCUUCGGGCUGGAGAGCAGCGGGAUCGCGGGGACCACGUCCGACGAGCCGGAGAGAAUAGAGGAGAGCGGCGCUGACGAGCCGCGGGCCGACGCUCAGCCGGUGGAAGAGAAGAAGGAGCUGAAGGAGCCCCGGGAAGGAGGCGCGGAGGAGGAAGCGAAGGAGAAGCUGGGCGAAGCACCCAAGAAAGAGGAGGAGAAAGGCAAGGAGGGGGACAGCGAGAAGGAGUUGGAGAAGGGCGACGGUGACAGCAUGGCCGAGAAGGAGAAGGAGCCCAAGGACGGCCAGGAGGAGGUGCUCAAGGACCUGGCUGAGGCAGAAGGUGAGAGAAAGACCAAGGUGGAGCGAGACAUCGGCGAAGGGAACCUGUCCACCGCAGCCGCUGCUGCCCUGGCUGCUGCCGCCGUGAAGGCCAAGCACCUGGCCGCGGUGGAGGAGCGCAAGAUCAAGUCCCUGGUGGCCCUGCUGGUGGAGACCCAGAUGAAGAAGCUGGAGAUCAAGCUGCGACACUUCGAGGAGCUGGAGACCAUCAUGGACCGGGAGCGCGAGGCACUGGAGUAUCAGAGGCAGCAGCUCCUGGCAGACCGACAGGCCUUCCACAUGGAGCAGCUCAAAUAUGCCGAGAUGCGCGCCAGGCAGCAGCACUUCCAGCAGAUGCACCAGCAGCAGCAGCAGCCGCCGCCUCCGCCCCUCCCGCCCGGCUCCCAGCCCAUCCCAUCCUCCGGGGCUCCCUUAGCGCCAGCCGCCCACUCCAUGCCCGUGGCCCAGGCCCCAGGGGCACCGACCACGGCCAGCCUGGUGGCCCAGCCCAGCCUGGCUCAAACGGAACAGCUCGGCCAGGCGGUGCCGGCCACGCCGGGGGCUCCGCACACAGUACCGGCUCAGCAGGGACAGACCCCUGCCGGCCCUCACGCCCAGCCUCCGUUCCCUGGCCAGCAGCCCUCCUCUCAGAUGCUCCCUGGGACGGUUGGAGUGAGCUGUCACCCCGGCGUGCCCGGUAAUCUCCCGGCGGCUCCGCCUUUCGGAAUACCUCCAUCCAUCCCAUUUAGCAUGGCUAGUAACGUAGCAGACUCCAUCAGUAUUAACCUCCCCGCUAACACGCCCGCUCAUCCAAUGCAUGGUAACCUCCCGUGCGGCAUGCUGGCCGGGGGCGCCCUGGCCCCGCCUAACCUGCCCGUCACCGUGUCUAGCGCGAUGCACCCUAGCAUGCUGACGACCAACGGACCGCCGCUCGCCGCGCCCGCCUUGCCUCAUGUCUCGGGACUGGCCUCGGCAGCUGCCCAGAGUCCAGCCAUUGUGGCAGCCAUGCAGGGCAGUCUCCUUCCAAACGCCGCCCUGGCACCAGACCAGGGCCCCCCUCUGCAGACGGACCCCAUCGCACCCAGCACGGCCACCCCGGUCCCACCCACGCAGUGAGGCUGCCCCACCCACCGCCCGGAGAUGCCACCCGACAGGACAAAAACCUUCGCAACCUGUAAAACCUGCCUGGGAUUGUUUGGGAUGAGGGAUGGGGGUGGGGAUUUCGUUGGUUUAAAAAAACACAUUGAUCACGGGGUUAAAAAGGAAUCGCCCGUGUUCAGCCCUCAGUCCCGCUGUAUCUGUCUGUCCUGCCCCCUCGCUGCCACCCCGGGCUUUUUUUGUAUCCAUCGUCCCGAAACUUUUAUUUAAAUGCGCUGAGAACCACCUCUGACAGCGCUGAGGGGCCUGCUGGGGCGGAGGUGAUGGCUAUUUAUAGAAGGCUCUGAAUUUACCUGGUUCCUGGGCAUUUAAAGCUCUCGUGUCUUCUCUCUUUUUUU